AUGCCCCCAAUCUGGGUGGUGACCGUGGCCUCACUGGUCUUCCUGAGGACCUUCUCCGUUGCUCAGGAUCAGGCCCUGGAGGAAGCCUGGAAAGGGUGGAAGGGACUUCACGCCAAAGAAUAUCUCGAGGAGGAAGAGGUCUUCCGGAGGGCCGUCUGGGAGAAGAACUUGCGAAGGAUCCAACUUCAUAACCUGGAGGCUUCCCUGGGCAAGCACAGCUACCGGCUAGCAAUGAACCACUUGGGCGAUUUGACGGAGGAAGAGUUUAACCAGAUGCUGAAUGGUUUCUAUCCUCCUGGCCCUGUUGAGCACCACGGUGGGAACCCGUCCUUGUUCCGAGAAUCAGCCUCUCUGGAGAACCCCAAAGAAGUGGACUGGCGCAAAAAAGGUUACGUUACCCCAGUGAAAAAUCAGGGUCACUGCGGGGCAUGCUGGGCUUUCAGCGCCACCGGAGCUCUGGAAGGGUUGCUCUUCAACAAGACGGGCAAGCUGGUCUCACUCAGCGAACAGAACCUCAUCGACUGCUCCGGGAAGCUGGGGAACCAUGGCUGCCACGGAGGGUACAUCACACGGGCCUUUGAGUACGUGCGGGAGAAUGGGGGCAUCAACUCUGAGGACGCGUACCCUUACUUGGAGAAGGAGGGAUUCAACUGCCGUUACAACCCCCAAGAAAGAGCUGCUAACUGCACUUCUCAGGUGGAGGUUCAGCGGGGGAGCGAAGCGGCCCUGGAACAAGCUGUGGCCACGACCGGCCCAGUUUCGGUCGCCGUGGAUGCCCAUAGCUUCUUCUUCCAUUUCUACAAGUCUGGAAUAUUUUCUAGCAUCUUCUGCAGCAACGUCGUGAACCACGCCAUGUUGGCAGUUGGCUACGGCACGUCUCAGGAAGAUGGGAAGGAGUACUGGAUCCUGAAGAACAGCUGGUCAGAAAAUUGGGGCGAGCAAGGUUACAUGCGAUUGGUGAAGGGGGCUGGCAAUCAUUGCGGCGUGGCCAACCAAGCAAGCUAUCCUACUGUGUAACCAACUAAGAGGCCAGGAUCCCUUCCGGAGACUUC